UCACAGCUAUGGCGGAUGCUGUAGGGGAAGUGCUUCAAGGCAGCUGGGAUGAGGAUCUAGCUGAUGCUCUUGACUCAGCAGGCUAUGAUCUGGAUUCUGACCAGGAUGGUGUCAUCCAGGUCCGUAACCUGCCCCCACCACAGCGCGCCAAGUUAUGGAUGAUUGCUUUGAACGUGUCUGGUAAAGGAGACAGUCUGUCCUCAUGGGAUGGGGCUCUGGACCUACAAGAACAGACGCUUAUUCACAGUUGCAGUCAGCAGAUCAUUGAUCAGCUGGGGGUACCAGUGGAGGAAGGGAGAGACCUGGUAUCAGACGUGGAGUCAGUUAUCACCUUCUAUUGCAAGUCCAGAAAUGUCACCUUCUCUCCAGAUCUUAGCUGGCCAAACCUUCUCAAACCACUCCUGGGCUUACAGCUGCCCCGCAGAGACCUCUAUAACUGCUUCUACGCAGUCAUGAAUAAAUACAUCCCACGAGACUGUGUGGUGAAAGGACGGCCAUUUCACCUAUUCAGACUCCUGUUACAGUACCAUGAGCCUGAACUCUGCUCAUUCCUAGACACAAAAAAGAUCACUCCUGAUUCCUAUGCCAUCAUCUGGCUGGGCAGUCUCUUUUCUAGCCACUGUCUCCCUGAGGUCACACAAGCCUUGUGGGACAUUUACCUGCAACAGGCUGAUCCUUUUCUAAUCUUCUUCCUCAUGCUCAUCAUCCUUGUCAAUGCCAAAGACAGCAUUCUCACCCAAGAAGGAGCCAGUAGAGAGGACAUAAUCAAAAUGCUGGAGCAGUCGCCGUCAUUACUAGAGGCAGAGGACAUAGAAGACUUGUUCUCUUUGGCACAGUAUUACAAUAGCAAAACUCCUCUUUCUCUCAGAAAGGAGAACCAUAAUCUGUUUGGCAGUAGUCUGGUGGCUUUGAAGGAAGAAGACAUGGACCUGAGUCAGGCGCUCUGUCUACCUGUAUCUGUCCCUGAGAUCCUUCAAGCCAACCAGCUACAACCUGAGGGUGUGAGGUUUUUUGUUGUCGACUGUCGUCCUGCAGAGCAGUACAAUGCUGGUCACCUCUCCACUGCCUUUCAUUUGGACUCAGACUUGAUGCUCCAUAACCCUUCUGAGUUUGCCCUGUCAGUGAAGUCUCUUCUAGAGGCACAGAAGCAGUCUCUGGAGUCAGGCUCUGUGGCCAGCGGAGAGCAUCUGUGUUUCAUGGGCAGUGGACGUGAAGAGGAGGAUAUGUACAUGAACAUGGUUCUCGCCCACUUUUUACAGAAAAGCAAAGAGUAUGUGAGCAUAGCAAAAGGUGGCUUCAUUGCAUUGCAGCAGCACCUGGCAGAUAUUAAUGUUGAGGGGCCUGAUAAUGUUUAUGUUCACUGGAUCGUGAGCACCUCAGGAUCACACAGCAGCCUCAGCUCAGUGGAUGGGGACUUGAAUAGCACAGAUGGCAAAGGAGUUAAAUCACUUGUCAACAAAAUGACCUUUGCACUUAAGUCAAAGUCAGUUAAUGUAAAAGAAAAGGUGAUCAGCUUCAUUGAGAACACUUCCACGCCUGUGGAAAGAAUAUCAAUCAAUCUGCCCUGGCCAGACAAGGGGAUACUGGAUCGGCAUGUGAGCAGCAGUGAUCGGGUGGGGAAGCCGUACAGGGGUGUGAAGCCCGUCUUCAGCAUUGGUGAUGAGGAGGAGUAUGACACGGACGAGAUUGACAGGUCAUCAAUGUCAGAUGAUGACAGGAAAGAGAUUGUCAAUAUUCAGACUUGGAUAAACAAACCAGAUGUAAAGCACCAUAUUCCAUGCAAUGAGGUUAAGGAGACCGGGCACAUGUUCCCAAGCCAUCUCCUGAUCACUGCAACACACGUGUACUGUUUAAGAGAGAUCGCCGCCCGUAAAGGUUUUGCUUGCAUCCAGUCCAGGCAGGCCCUCAACUCUGUGGUGAAGAUCACCUCCAAGAAGAAGCAUCCAGAGCUCAUCACUUUUAAGUUUGGCAACAACAAUGCCACAGGAGUGGAGAUACUGGCUGUGGAGAGGUAUUUAAUACCGAAUGCGGGUGAUGCCACUAAAGCAAUCAAACAGCAAAUAAUGAAAGUUUUGGAUGCUAUGGAGAGCUCUUAGUGACGAAGACAUAAGAGAGGCUUCGCUCUGGUCGUCCAUGGGAUGACCACUGCUCCAG